GAAUUUACCAUGUUGAACGCAGCAUCGUGUCACGUGACAGCCUCAGCCAUGGCGUCCUCCAGGACGUCUGUGUUGUGUUCGGGCUCCGGGUUCUCCUGGUGCUCCGGGUUCUCCUGGUUCUCCUGGUGCUCCUGGUGCUCCUGGUGCUCCGGGUUCUCCUGGUUGUGGCCUCUGCUCUUCUUCUCGCUGUGUCUCCACUUUGAUCACGUGGUGACGGAGGACGCGCGGAGCUGCGAGGAGCUGCGGCUCGGACAGUAUUUGUGUAAUGGCCCAAAGAUCGAUGAAGCCACUCAGGAGCCAGAGAACUGCAGGGACACGACAGCGUGGGUGGAGUGUCUCCCUGCUCCAAACAUCAGCUGUCGACUCUCCAAUGGGACGGAGUUCAGGUUCAGUGGGAAGGAGGUGGGCUUCAACAAAACCAUCUCCUGCAGGAAUGUGAGUGGUUAUUCCUACAAAGUGGCCGUGGCUCUGUCUCUGUUUCUGGGCUGGAUCGGAGCUGAUCGCUUCUACCUGGGUUACCCAGCUUUAGGACUCUUGAAGUUCUGUACUGUUGGUUUCUGUGGAAUUGGCACAUUGAUCGACUUCAUCCUGAUCGCCAUGCAGAUUGUGGGUCCAGCAGACGGAUCAAACUACAUUGUGGAUUAUUACGGAGCUCGGCUGACCCGCCUCUCCAUCACCAACCAGACGUACAGGAAGCCUCACCUGUCGCUGUAAUCGACCAGGAUCCCCGGAGUCUCUCUAUCAGUCAUGUGACAGGAUGCUCACCAGCAGAGGAUCUAAAACAUUUAAAGAACGAUUCAACGACCGUCGACAUUUAUUCAAACCUUCCUCAACGCGACUCAUCUGAUCAUUUAAAGGAACAUUACACAGUUUCUUUCUGUUAUAUGAUCUUUAAUCGUUAGUUUCACAUCAUCUCUGCUGAAAUCCUUUUAUUUUACAGAGGUUACAGAUGUUUUGUCACUUUCGGUCACAGUUAUUUCCUCACAUCUGUUUUAAGUUUAUAUAUUAUAGAAACUUUUCAGUGACUUUUGCUGUAACAUGUAGUUUCACUGCUGUUGUGUUAUUUAAGUUAAUUUUUUUCCAUGAAACUUGACUUUGUAAAUAAAGUUUUUGUGUUGAUCUA